UUUUCCGGGACUGGAAGUGUUUGACGCAUUUGUAGCCGUAAAUGAAACAGUGAAUACACAACUUUUUCUCUGAUAAGUAUUGUGUUGAUGGUUUGUGUCUGUCCUUGGGAGUGAAACGUUUCUCCCCUUGCAACUGCGGCAGCUUUAAACCCUGCAACCCCGCCCCUCAGUACUAUCACAUGAAUCUGGACUCAACAGCAGUGGAUGUGAAAAAAAAAGUUUGGAGGUCUCGCUGGAAUCACUUUUCUCCAACUAGUUUCACACAGCUUUGAGUAUUUCUUUCCACUUUAGGAGGCGUUUAGGUGAAAGUUUGCAUCGGAAAUCGGAAUUCCUCUGCGUGUUUCCCCGGCUGUGAUUUCUCCAGCUUAGUUUUUUUUUUCCCCUGCAGGAAUACAGAGACGGAGAGAGAGAGAGAGGAAAACGGUCUGGCUGCUUGAAGAUUUCUUUUCGACACCAAAAAGUUUUGGUUUUUUUUUUUUUUUUUUUGUUUGUUUGUUUUGUUUUUUUGUUUGUUUUUUUUUUUUUUGGCGACAUGGACACGCACCGCGGCGGCGCGCCUCCGGCCGGGCAGCAGGUCGUGCACGUCCGCGGGGACUCGCAGACGGAGCUGGAGGCCCUCUUCAGCGCCGUGAUGAACCCCAGCAAGGCGACCAGACAGCCGGCCUCCCUGCCCAUGAGGAUGAGGAAACUGCCGGACUCCUUCUUCAGGCAGCCGGAUCCCCGGGGCCACUCCAGACAAGCCAGUUCGGAUGGAGGUGUGUGCGGUUCCCUCACUCCUCAUCACGUCCGCGCCCACUCCUCCCCUGCUUCCCUCCCAGUCAACUCCCUCUCCACUCAAGCGGCAGAUGUAGCAGCGACGCCAAUCAUACCUGACGACGUGCCACUCCCCCACGGUUGGGAAAUGGCCAAAACGCCUACUGGCCAACGAUACUUCCUCAAUCACCUGGAUAAGACAACCACUUGGCACGACCCUCGUCUCUCGCAGCUUCAGUCGGCUGCGGCUCAGCAUCCUAUCCCCGGCGCUCCGGUCCAUUCCCACUCCCUCAGCAAUCCAGCUCCCACUACGCAACCACAAAACAUCAGUCCAGAGACAGGUCCACUGCCUGAAGGCUGGGAGCAGGCUGUGACUGCAGAUGGAGAGGUGUACUACAUCGAUCACAUAAAUAAGACCACCACAUGGGUCGACCCGCGUCUAGCACAAAAGAUGAACCCUGGCAUCCUCGGCUUGGCAAUGCAGCAAAGGCAGGAAAAGGAAAGGCUUAGAUGCAAACAAGGCCUGCCUCAGCAAAUCACACCACAGGAGGCAGGAGGAAGAAAUCAGAUGGACCAUGACAGGAAUGCACAGACACUUGUCCCAUCUCUGGAUGUUAGGAUCAGAGCAUCAAACCAUGAACCUACACUUAAUGGCGCUCACUCUCGCAACGAGAGCACCGACAGCGGUCUGAGCGUCAGCAGCUUACCCCGCACGUCGGACCACAUGUUGAGCUCUGUGGAUCACAUGGAUACUGGCGACUCCGGUGAACCCUCCUCGAUGACCUUACAGGAGUCGAUGCCCGUGCUCCCAAUGUCUGAGAACGAGGAGCUAAUGCCCUGCAUCCCCGAGGGGCUGAGUUCAGACCUUCUGAUGGACAUGGAGACCGUUCUCUCUGGUUCGCAUAUGGACAGGGACAGCCUGCUCACCUGGCUAUAGACACAUCCGGCCGCAGCCUAACGUAUGGUUUGAUGUCAGAUCUUCAUAACAUGACUGAGAAUUUUGGAGGAUUUUUUUUUCUUUGCUUCAGAAGUGGUACAGAACAACACAACUGAGAGAAUACACUACCGUUGUGUGAUGGAUACGUAACACUACUCACACCCUGAGGAAUAUAAAAAACUGACUCUCACAGACGGUGGUAAGCUGCUGGUAUUCUCUUUUUGGGCCUGGUUUUACAGAGAUGCAUGCUGGAGCGUCUAUAUUUUUACAACACUCCUUUCUUUUUAGUCAUCGACCUCAGAUGAUGCUCCCCACGUCUCUGGUAAAGUAUGUCAGAGCUAAUUUUAGAGUACAGAUUUUUUUUAUUAUCCCCUCUUGGGUAAUACUGUUUGCUUAAAACUUUUAUAAACACAGAGUCAAGUCAGAAACAUCUGCAUCUAACAGUUACUUUAAUGCAAAAGAAGUUAUGUUAAAAUAAGACACAAGUUGCACAAAAAUGUAAAUGUAACAAAACAAUAUAUAUAUAUAUACAUAUAUAUAUCAUAUCCACAUUUAUCUCUUACUUCAUAUAGCCUGUGGCGCAAAAUAGAAACAUCUACAGUAGUAUUACUACCUCUAAGCUGCCUGUAGUUUGUGAUUUUAAUGCACAUGCUCUCAGUCUGAAACAUGCUCUUAAGAAGCAUCAGGACUGAGAGCAAGAGCUGAUUCAAAGAAUUUAUCUCGAUCAACACUACAUAGCUGCCAUAAAACCAAAAAUCCCAGCUUACAAAAUACUUAUCACAGUUCACACUCCAUUGCGACACAGAAAUAUUAAGGGGAAGAGGACGCUCCCUUGUGGUGAGCCAGUGGAAGAUUAACAAAACUCCCAUUUAUUCUCAGAAUGUCAGUUAAAACACUCACAAGCCAAAAAACAGUAUUAAAUCCCCAAUCAGAGUCACUGAUACGGUGAAGACUGAGGCUGCUCACAACUAAGACUGUAACAUUUUCUGUUGUUUUUCAGAAUAAAGUUCAGGAGAAUAAGCUUUGCCUGUAGUUGCAGUAAAAAAAAACAACUCAUUCCUAACAAAUCACAGCCUGUCAGUGACAGUCAGAGAAAUAAAGACUACGGGACAGUGCCAAUGUGAAGAGGAAUUUCAACUCAACACUACAAGUAAUGUUAAAGUAUGUUUGCAGGAUCUCUCUUCAGAGAAAGGACCCCGGGAUUAUACACAGGAUGUCCACAGUAGAUGAGCACAUGGUCAGUAUAAUGCAAUCCAACAUAAUGCAGGGUUUCCCCCAGGAAACUGAAAUCCUGACGCAUUUGGUCUUGUGAUCAAUUUAGUCGGUAGAUGAUGGUUUCAACACACUCAUUAGAUACAACACAUGGCCUUUGCUGUGUGAAAUAGCAACUUUGCUCUUUUUACUUUUAGGUUACGGUUUUGUAUUUUUUUAGAACAGUUGCCCACGUCUGUUCUGAAACACUACAGCAAAUGCUGCAAUAGCCUCACUAUAAAAUCACCUAUUUUGAAGUAACUAUUAUUCCGGGUUUGUUAAUGCUGUGUUUCAGUUUUUGUUGUUCUAUUGGAUUGCAUUUUAUUGUAAAGUGUUCCAGUCAUUUUGUCCACCCCUGCAUUGGAUAUAAGCUUCACAAUGGUAGUAUUUAUUGGAGAUUUGUCUUAUUGGAUUACAUUAUAUUGUACAGUUGUAAUAUUAUUGUGUUCACCCCUGUUGAAGAAAUGAUGCCAUAUAGUUUCAGCAAGAAGAAUAUUCAUUGAGUCAGUCAACAGCCCAUCAACUUUGAGAUUAAGCUGUGUUAUUCCUCUUAUCGCUUUUUCCACCACUGGUUUGAUAUGUUUCCGACAUAAAACCAGCAGCAGGUUCAGCCAUGUUUUUUAGUUUUAGCUCCUUACCUUAAACUACACUUCAUCUACACCUGAUACUUUUGCUGACCAUACCUGGAUACAUGCAGCACAGAUUUAGAUUUUCAGAUGCAUUUUUCUCAUCAGUUCAUCUACUGUUUUCCACAGUUCUCUUGCAAAUUGUUUAAGCAAUGUAAUCACUAACUGUGACCAUCAAGUCUGCAUUAUUCUUUCACUUGUGCAUUAUCAUGGUGUGGUGAUGCAAUUUAAGAGCAGAUUGAUUUAAGAGUCUGUGCUGUGUUACUAAAUAAUGAUGCAACACUGACUGCACUCCUGAUGCUCGCUGUAACGAAGCUUCAGUUUCACUUCAAGUCCAUCAAAGUAACACAUCUUUUCCCCAGUACAGUUUUUUUGGCUUUUUUUUUUUUUUUACUAUAGAUGCCAUGUAUACAAAGCCACAUUAUCAUCAUCCUUUUCUUUUAAAAAAUCUGUCCUUGGCUCAAGUUUUCCACUCUUAAAGAGCUGUUUUGUAAGUGGGAGGGAGGGAAAUAUUGUGCUUUAAAAAUGGGCUUCAGGGCCGUUUGGAGAGUCGUAGUCAAGGACCCUGUUGUGCCUCCUCAGAAAAGCAACAUACUAAUUGCAGAUGCUGUGUUCUUGGUAUGUUUUGUUCUAACUAUAAGUGCUGUCUGGUGCUGUAAUAGAAGGCAAUCGUCAAUAUGGGGAGCUCUUUAAUCCUGCUCCUUUAGCUAAAGUAUAUAAUAAGUAUAUAAUCUGUUUUUAUCCGCCGGGUUGUUUCUGCAGUGUGUUUAUAUUUUAUCUGAAUUUGAAGCUGUUUUAUUAUUGGUGAGAGCAUUUCUUCUAACCAGCUUCCUUUUUUACACACAUACAGUAUAUAGAGAUAAAGACUUCAUUCACAACAUCCCUAAAUAAAGAGCCAGGUCACCUUUUUGUAAUCUUUAGCUAAAGCUAAAUUAAAGUACCAUGGGCUCAUACGCAUAAUGCAACACACUACCUAGCAUUUUAUUUAUCUUAGCAUGCAUGACACUCGCUAUGUAUGUUAUGUAUAAUGAUGUUUAUUAUCCUAUUUACAGAGAGUUUGGAUGCAAUCAGACUUCUUUUGUACCUUUUUAUGCAUGUGCUUUAUAUAAAUUUAUUUCCUCUUACUCUCACUGUAAUCAUUUUAAAGGAGUUUCUGUUUAAUAAACUUUUAAAUACA